AUGUCUUCUCAACAAAAUGUUGACAUUGCGGCGCUUGAUGCCAAGAUGAAGGAGCUGAUUGAGGCCUUCGAGGCCCAUCCCCAGAUGGCCGCUCCUACGCCUCACCCGACCCUCUUCUUCCUGUGUGACUUUGUCAAGAACACCCACAACUCUCUGAAGUCAGUGGACGCGAACGAAUACGCUUCAGGCGAUCACAAGGCUCGUGAGACCGUUCAGGAAGUCGUGGGCCGGAACCAGUUCACGAGUGUCUUGGCCAACGAUACCUCUGGCAAGUUGGCGAUGAUGACUGGUGGGGAUCCUUCCAACCCGGUUGACUUUGGCCCUGACAUCAAGGCCAAGGCCAAGGCGGUGGCCGAGGUUUAA